AUGGAAAAUGUGCUAGAAGGCUAUGAAAGCCUAGACAAGGCAGAGGACCUUCUCAAAAGGGCUGAAUUGGCAAACACAGAUACGGAAAUAACCCAUCUGAUAAAGGUUGUGGAGACAUCUAUUAAGGAACUUGUGGCAACUAAUUGUUUAAAAACGCAAAAUUCGGCCAUAUACAAGGUAUUAAAUAACGCACUAAAAGUACUAAAUAGUAAAGAUAAGAUUAAAUUACUACCAAGUAAAUUCUCGUUCAAACCCACUGAAAAGGUUGAAACGCCCAAAAAUCUUCAAACAGUGGUAACUAUACCUACGCCUGUUGACAAUCGGAAACUCACAUCUAAUGAGCCAACAUUCACUUAUAAAGAACGGUGUGUGAUAAAAAACCUCAAGGGGAAAAGGUAUGUGCGAAACAAACAAUAUGUUGACGAUUCUCCAGAAUAUUUAGAAAGCAAGGAGCUGCAAAUGAAGUUGCAUCCAUUCUCGCAGAAAAUUUGGUUUGUAAAUUUCAUCAUGCACAUUAAUGUCCAGGAAAACUGUGAAAUUAUCCUAUUAAACACGGUGGAAUCCGCCUAUUUGUCAAAUAUUAGAAAUUCCAUAAUAUGGAUUGGCAUCGCAAAAUCAUCAAUCAUUAUCGAUUCAAUUUCGGAUAUUGUUCUUAUUACCUCGUGUGGACAAUUGAGAAUUUCAAAUGGUACAAAUUGUCGAUUUUUUGUAGACACUGUAACACCUCCAAUCAUAGAAUCAAGUGAAGGUAUGAAAUUCUCCAAAAAUCACGUGGGUUACCCAAACUACAAGGAGGAGUUAAAGAAAUCUGGGUUAGAAGAAGGCCUUUUGGAGAGCCAAGAAACCAUUAUAGACUUUAGUUGGCAUCAUCCGGAAAAGUCUCCUAAUUGGGAGAUUUGUGAACAAAAGGCUGGCCAUUUUGUAAACAUUUCAAAUGUAGAAGAAUUUAAUGAAUACAACACUCAGACUAUAACUGAUGCUGAUUGGCAACUGAUAAACUCACUCUAG